AUGUUUCUCCAUCCAGAACUUCCUUUAGAGAUAAGAUCACGAGGACGCUUGGCUGUGGAAGCUUACAACAAGGCCCUCACUGAAGGGAAGGCAUAUGUCAAGAGGGUUCCAAUACUGUUGAUUGGACAAGAUCAUUCUGGAAAAACCAGCCUAAAAAGGUCACUGAUAGGAAAACCUUUCAAUCCCGAUGAAGACAGUACCAUAGGGAUAGAUGUUGACCCCUCACAUAUUAAAGUCUCAACUGAGAUUUGGAAGGUGGGGGAGAACACAGGGGGUUCCGAGUUGACAGAUGCUAUAGAAGCCAUUUCCUUUGAGCAACAAGCGGCUCGUUUGGUUGCUGACGAUUUGCGGACGAUAAUCAUUCCUAAGAUCUCCUCUGAUUUCACUCUGAAAAAGGAAGUACACCUCCCUAUCGAAUCGCCCAGGAUACCACAUAGGGUCGCAACAUUGAUUAAAAAGUUACUAAAGGAGGAUAAAAACGCCCAAGAUGACGAAGAAAUUCAUACCAUUUUAUGGGAUUUUGGUGGAGAAAGUGUCUACUAUACCACGCAUCCACUUUUUAUCACUGCAAGAGCAAUGUACCUUUUGGUUUAUGACCUUAGCCGGGAUCCAUACGAAAUAGCUAAGCCAGUUGUGAAGCAGGGGCUGUAUAAGAAAAUUUUAGACAGUUAUGGCACGAAAAUCAAUCUGGACUAUCUCAAUUUUUGGAUGACAUCCGUAGCUUCCCUAGCCACUGAAACGGAAGAGCAGUAUGUAAGGUUGGCCCGUGUUCAAGUGAAGGUUCCUCCCGUGUUCCUAGUCUGCACUCACGCUGAUGAACCUAACAGAGGAGCAGAUCCGUUCGCUCUCGCCCGUGAGGUAUUUGGCAGUUUACAGACCAAACGCUUCAAGAACCACAUAUAUGAAGAUGUGUUUGUGGUAGACAACACCAAGUCUGUAGGGCUUGGAUCUGAAUGCUCAGAAGUUACACGAUUGCGAGAAGAAUUACUUGCUGUUGCUAAAGAGCUACCUCAGAUGAAAGAAGCCAUCCCAAUCAAGUGGUUGAAAUAUGAGAGGGCUCUUCAAGGCACUGUACGAGACGGUCGUAAAUGGAUUUCUCUCCCUGUGGCAAAAGAAAUUGCAUUUGAAGUGUGCAAAAUUGAUGAUGAUCAAGAAUUUCUCACAUUGUUGAACUUUCUACACGACCAGAGGAUUUUGGUUCACUUUGACGACACACCAUCGUUGAGUAUUUUUGUCGUCUUGGACCCUCAGUGGUUAGUUGAUGUCUUCAAAACGGGGAUAACAGUUAAGCCGUAUGACCAAGAAGAAAGUAAAUUUAAAGAGCUGUGGUUGCAGCUGGAGUCAACAGGCAUUCUUGGCGAAACACUUUUGGAGCACGUGUGGGGUCCUUUAUUAAGCCAGGAAGAAACCUCCACUAGUCUUCUUGCUAUCAUGGAAAGGUUCAGCCUGCUCUGUCCAUGGCCUUGUUCGAAUGCUUCAAGUGGCAAACAGUACCUCGUGCCAUCCAUGUUGAAGUCACAUCCACCAAAGGAGAUCAUGAAGCUGGUUGCUUCUGCACAAAUUCCUUCUCUCUUCCUCUGGUUUCAGUCGGGUCAGGUUCCUCCAGGAUUCUUUUCCCGACUCGUGUUACAAUUUUUUCAGUGGGGCCAAGACGAGUUUUGGAGUGCAGAGAAUCCCCAGUUGUAUGCUGAUUUUGCGCGAUUUUAUACGUCUGCGGAUGACGACUGCUCUGUAAUCCUUCUAUGUCAUUCAUCGUGUAUUGAAGUUGUGGUUCACAGAGGAAAUCUCAGUGCUAACCCAGCAGAAUGUUUGCAAUCCAAGUUGAACCUUUCUGCAGAUAUCAACUAUGGUGCAUUUGAAGUGGCCUGUGCUCGUGCCGUGCGCCGACAACUGGGAUUGAUGCUUGAGUGCAUGCGAAAAGAAUUCUGUUGGUUGAAGAAUAUGAUGUACGAACUUGGUGUAAUCUGCCCCGUCUGUUGCCAAGAAUGCAAGGGUAAUUACCGUUGCACCCACCACAAGCAGUGUUGCGAGCAAGAGGAAUGUCUGCACUUCUGGUCUGAGUCUGAUUUACGUAGUGCCAAUCAGUUCAUCAGAUGUCGUAGGUGUGCAGCCGCCCAAAGUGACAAAGUGUACGUCAAACGGUUUAAUUUGUGCCUUGGUUUGAUCCCUUAGAUGAACAGGUGAAUACACUUUCACUACCAUGUCGUUAUUUACCGCUUCUCAUGAACAUGUUAGAUCUUUUACAGAACUACUGAAAGCAGAUUCCACUCACCAGUCGAUUUUUAAAGUGUCUAAACAACACAAACAAUGUUGCUGAAGACAUUCUUGAUAUUGCAGUUUGCUAAAGCGACCCUUAAAUUCUCCGUUAGCGGUUUUGUUUAAUGGCUUUAAAUACUCUUUUUCCAAAUGCAACUUGGUACACAGAAUUGCUGACACAGUAGAUUGAAAUAGCCUUUGAGUAUCCCUUGCGUCAUUGUUUAUUACAGAUUCCAACUGAUGAAAGUGAAGAAAGUCGUCCAGCUUCAGGGGGAGGUAGGACUGUUACUUUAGAGUGACUAAAUAAUGUAAAACUUGUGCUAAGGUAAUACUAGCCUAAGAAAACAGCCGACAUUUUUGCGAGUUCCCUGCGAAAUGACGUCUGAGGAAAGAACGAAGAUAUUCCAUACUGAUGACGCGUCUCUACCCAGAUCUGGGUAAUGAUGUUCAUUGGCUGAUGCAAAUUUUCAUUCAAUCCCAAGCAUUACCCAGAUCUCGGUUAUGACACGUCAUCAGUGUGGAAUAUCUUCACUCGUUCUCGACUUGGAGACCAUUUCGUCACUUCCAGUCCUCCCCUGAAAGUUGUGGGGGAACAUAAUUCCUCUAUAUUACAAAAGCUUUCCAAAUGAUUAGAGGUCAACUUGACAAGGACUCUGGUGGCUCAAAAAAAAAAACAAAGCUGAAAACUGUGAGCAGAAUAUGAGGUUGGUAAUUGCUUAGUAGGGUACUAGUGUUGUUAAAGUUAGUUUCUUUCGCAGGAAUUGAUGAAAAAGUGAUUGCUCUUCCAAGCAAGGCCAUAGAAACAAUUAUGUCGCAGCCGUGUGACUCUAGAGAGGUUGUACUUCAAUUGAGAGACUCUUUGCAACUGAAUCAGGAUUCACUUGAACAGCCAGACCCUGCGACCAAACGAUUGAUCCGUUGCCUGGCAAAUAAAGCAAAACAGGCUAACAGGCUUGAUGUAGUGAAACAUCUGAGAGAUAUUGCACCAGCUGGAACUACAGGUGAGUUUGUUGCCGUGAAAUAUAGAUAAAUAAGGUAAUAUACAUGUAAUAUUUUCUUGCAGUGCACUUGUUACAUAACCUUCCUCUUUGUCUCAUACCUUUCCACCUUACAGUAAGCCACCCCAUCUAGCCCACGGUUGCCCAUUAUGACUCUUUAAUAAAUAUUUAUUCAUUAUUUUAGGUCCUUUGUUGUCUGAGCACCUUGAUAUUGGUAAUAUUCCCGUUCGCCAGAUGACUGAUCUCACUCUUGAGUUAAGCGGUAAGCGUAAUUAUGCUUUGCAGUUGCUGAGUCGUUCAAAUCUCAGAAUUAUUGAUGCGGAUGGUUAAGCCAGCCUGAUUGAUAUCUCAAUGAGGGGACUUGUUUGUUAUGGACAGUUUAGAUUUAAGACUAGAUUUACAAAUUUAAGACGACAUAAGAACUCAAUUAAUUAAUAAUUUUGCUCAUUGUAAAUACAGCUGCAAAUGUUCUCAUUGGUGAAAAGCACAUGAACGGCUUGUUCACGCUGAGUCCUAAGUCGAAUUUCAGAUGUUUCGUAAAAAUUGCACCAUUGACGGACUUCAUAUACCACGUGCACCCUGCUUAUAAAGCCCGGGGCUGUCUCACUCUCUUUAAUGGCCUAUACGGAGUAUACGGGGAGGCUCUGCCCGAAAGAGGAACCUUUUCAGGCUUCAGGUUUAUGAAAGGGUAGGGAGUUCACUUGUUGCUGUUGCUGUCAUUUUGGUUGGUAAAAAGGCCCAAAAGAACAACCAGAUGCAUUUUAUGACUGUGAAAAAGGGUGAGGGGUUGGAUCUCGGGGCAGAGUCUCCCCGUAUAAGAUUUUGUUGAAUACUCCUCGGGGUAUAAAGGAAGAAGUAUUAGAUUUCACAGGGAGAGUCUUUUUUAGGACAAGUCGCUGAAAAUUACCUUGAAAGGUUUAAUUAGAGUCAAGUACUAAUCAUAUGAUUUGGCGGUUGUGGAUCCCGUUUCAUAUGAAGGCAAAGAUCUCAAGCUUGAUGUCUCGAUUUACUUUCUAGGAGGAGAGGAAUGGAAGUUGGUGGCAGAAGAACUGGGACUGUCUGCAAGAGAGAUUCGUUACAUUGACAAGCGAGUUAUGAAUCCAUGCGAAGCCGUUCUGGCGUAUAUUUCCAGGCAGUGUUCUAUAAGCGUGGGUGAGCUGUACGACAGGUUAAACAAAUGUGGGCUGCCUGUGACAGCUGACCUUCUAUAA